UGCACUUUUUGUACUAGUUUUGGCCGUAUUGGUCGUCUUGUCAUGCGGGCUUCUCUAGAACAUCCCGAAGUCAUUGUUGUUGGCGUCAACGAUCCGUUUAUUGAUCUUGAUUAUAUGGUCUACAUGUUCAAGUACGAUUCAACUCAUGGUAGAUUCAAAGGGGAGGUCAAGGCUGAGAAUGGCAAACUUUACAUAAAUGGCAAUCCAAUUGAAGUUUUUGGUGAAAGAGACCCGAAAAAUCUGCCAUGGGGUAAAAUUGGUGCAGACUAUGUUGUUGAAUCUACAGGCGUGUUCACAACUUUGGAAAAAGCAAGUGCUCACUUAGUGGGUGGGGCUAAAAAAGUGAUUAUUAGUGCCCCAUCAAAAGAUGCACCAAUGUUUGUCAUGGGUGUAAAUGAAAAAUCUUAUGAAAAAUCAAUGAAUGUUGUUAGCAAUGCUUCUUGCACUACCAACUGCCUUGCACCAAUUGCUAAAGUUAUUAAUGACACAUUUGGUAUUGAAGAAGGUUUGAUGAGCACAAUUCAUGCUUACACUGCUACUCAGAAGACUGUGGAUGGACCUUCUGCAAAGUCAUGGCGAGAUGGUCGUGGUGCUCAUCAAAAUGUGAUCCCUGCCUCAACUGGUGCUGCAAAAGCUGUGGGUAAAGUUAUUCCUGAGUUGAAUGGAAAGUUGACUGGUAUGGCAUUUAGAGUGCCAGUUCCUGAUGUCUCAGUGGUUGAUCUUACUGUGAAGCUUAAAAAACCAUCCUCAUAUGAUGCAAUCAAGGCUGCAGUGAAGGCAGCAUCAGAGUCCAAAGAACUCAGUAAAUAUCUUGGUUAUACAGAAGAUUUAGUUGUCUCAUCAGACUUCAUUGGUGAUACUCACUCCUGUAUCUUUGAUUCUCAAGCUGGAAUUGCUUUGAAUGAAACCUUUGUCAAAUUGGUUGCAUGGUAUGAUAAUGAGUAUGGUUACAGUCACAGAGUGGUUGACCUUCUCAAGUACAUUGCAGCUCAAUGAGAUACUUCACACUGUGUGCCUUCCUUGUUUGCAAAAAGUUCAUUAUAGUUCUAGAAACAUGUUUAUUUCUGUAAUGAUGGUCUCCCCAUUUUUAUUAAAUGGUACUUCAAUAUA